CAUCGAUACAGGGUGGUCUCUGUAUGUCUCACAAUCACUUGCUAGCAUUUAGAAGGAAACGUUUUCAUCAUUUCUGUCUCCAAUUUCAGUUCUAUUUAAUUUUUUUAUGCUAAAGAAGUUCAAACCAACAGAUAUUUAGAUAAGCCUACACUUCUUACAGAACACACUGUGCAUGAUGUUUCGCCCACGUGCGUGCGUCUGCUAGCCUCAUAACCAUUGGGACCGUUUAGUGAGCCGGACACAUGCGUAGUAAACUGGUUUCGUCUGACAUGUGAGAGGCCUCACAGGGUCAACCGUUAGAAUUUUCUGCUGAUUUCGACAGCAUUCCGGCAGCGCAUUUGUUUCAGUCUCGAUAAAAGGGAGAUCCUUGGAGACUCUUGAGACAGAAGACGACACAAUGCCAGCCAACAAGCCUCCAAAGGCUCCAAUUGAAACAUUUACCUGGGAUGAGUAUUUAAAAGGUAAAGAUGCUAACCCAGCUCCACAGUCCUGCUUUAAACAGGCACCCAUACCCCCACCAAAUGAAUUCACUGUUCAUUCUAAGCUGGAGGCCUUGGAUCCACGGAACAUCACAUCCACCUGCAUCGCCACCGUGGUUGGUUUGCAAGGACCCAGGCUGAGACUGCGGCUAGACGGCAGCGACAACAAGAAUGACUUCUGGCGCCUGGUGGACUCUGGUGAUAUCAAGCCCAUCGGCUGGUGCGAGAAACAUGGUGGGAUGUUACAGCCUCCACUGGGUUUCCGAAUGAAUGCAUCAUCGUGGCCUUUGUUCCUUUUGCGGACUCUAAACAACGCCAAGAUUGCACCUGACUCAGCAUUUAAAGAGGAGCCGCCGACUCCAUCGGAGAACAAAUUCAAGGUGGGGAUGAAGCUAGAAGCCAUCGACCGUAAGAACCCCCAUCUCAUCUGUCCGGCCACCAUUGGUGGGAUCAAAGACAACAUGGUCUUCAUUUCCUUCGACGGUUGGAGGGGUGUCUUUGAUUACUGGUGUGAAUACGAUUCCAGAGACAUAUUCCCUGUUGGCUGGGCUGCAAGAACUGGGCAUUACUUGCAGCUCCCCGGAAACAAAGGUGCAACAUCAACCAAGGGCCGUAAGGCCAGCGCAGCCACCACCGUUUCUCAGCCCCGUAGUGCUACACCCUCCGCCCCUUCCCCUCCGGUUUCCCCAGUAACCAUUGAAUCCGGAGGUCACUCACCGAGCUAUGAUAACGAGCCUGAUACAAGCAGCUCAUCAUCAGACGGCUCAGUGUCCGUCUCCUUGUUCAUCAACAACACGUGCGUGUCGGGUCCCUACCUGAGCCCCCACAAGGUACAUCAGAUGCCCAGUCUCAUCGGUCCGGCGCCCAUCGAGAGGGUCCUAGCAGAGACGCUACAGUUGUGCGUCAACUCAGCCGUCCAGCAGAAAGCUGUGUUUGCAUUCCUGAAAGGAGACGAGGGUGGCACUGUCAACAUCACAGCUCAUUACGGUAGCCACACACAUUCCGUUAGCCUACAGGCUCCCGAGACGACCUCGGCCUUCUGGGGACUGAUAGACCAGCUGUGUGAGGACCUCUUGUGCUGUGGAAACUUCUUCAGCAACAAGCCGUUACAGGGACCUUGCAGUAACUGUGCUAAACAGGAUGACAGUGGUCACCAAGGUAGACACCGAAGCCACAGCGGAAGCACUCUCAAGCCCUCCACAGCUACCAAGAGAAGUCUGUCCACAGACUCGGCGACGUCAGAUAGAGGGGACCUUAAAGUGCCUAGAAGAAUCCGGACAGAAGCCGCGAGUUCCACGACGACCGUUUCUGAGGGGAGAGAUGCACGCGAGAGCAAGCCCCCUGUUGGUCCGCCAUCUCGAGAUCCUACCAACUGGUCAGUAGAGGAGGUGAUCAGAUAUGUGACGGACGCCGACCAUACCAUGUCAACACAUGCUGACACCUUUAAGAAGCAUGAGAUAGAUGGGAAGGCCUUCCUGCUCCUUAACAGUGAGAUGAUGAUGAAGUACAUGUCGCUGAAGCUGGGACCGGCUCUCAAGCUCUGCAACCUGAUUGAGAAACUCAAAACCAAGAAAUUCUGAUGGGGUCCGUUUCCAUGCCGACAGGCAAGACAGGCAAAGCAAUACUGGUGAGGAAACUUGUUUGUUUUAUUCGUAAUUCAGAAUUCCGCUUGAAAAGUGUAAGAGUGUGUGACGGUGAGACUUCUGCCUCGUUGUCACGCUGUUGCUGAGCUGAAACUGUGGAUUGACAUACUGGAGUGAUGACUACACAACAACCAAACUGGCCAUUAACUGAUUUGGCGAAUGGUGGACAUGCUGGACUCAAGUGAAGCUCUUGAAUCGCAUCUUGAUUUUUUUUUUAAACACUGAAACUGUCAUGGCUCGGCUAUGUAAAUGCCUCCCAUAUUUGAGCCCUCUCUUUGGACAUUUCAUCCCUUUUGAAUUGACCUGAAGAAGGUUGAGUUUGCGUGUUUUUCAAAGGUCAAGAUAAAGAGAUCUACAAUGCGGUGUAAGUUCUACGUACCGAAUCAAGAUAACUCAUCCAAGAUCUUACCCUCUUUGCUCAUUCCAAAGUUUAAUCAUUCGCCGACUAGAUGGAUCAGCUCCAGCUUACCAGUGCAUCCCUGAGGACAAAAAGUUACGAGUCUAAAAUCAAGGCUUGUUGAAGUUUGGUGGUGCUUUGCCACUGGGCAUGGGUAGCAGUAUUGCCUAUCGGCGAUUUACUUUGUGCAGACUUUGAUCCAUGGUCGCUGAAUUGAUGUUUGUGUUGACAACAACCAAUGAUGUGUGCAGACAAUAUUUUUGUAACAGAAUUUCAAUUGAAGGAUGAAUUGUUGUUUGCCAAAUCGUGAUGACUUGAGAGUGUGGUUGCAUUCACAAUUGAUGGUUGUUAAAAUCAAAACAAAGCUUUUUGUUUUGAUGUUUUUCUUGAAAAUAAUGUUUUAAAACAAAACAAGAUAAUAUUAUUUGGAUGUUUAAAAUUUGGUAUUUGAGACUUUUUUCAAAAAGUCAGAGUAACGGGCUGUUCAUUUUGUUCUUCAACUAUGAAUGCCUUUGUCCAUUUUUAAAAGUAUGGUAUGUACAGAUGACUUAUUUCCUAACUUAACAUGAUCAACAUGUUUUUCCUUUAGUGAAUAUUUCUGAUCACCCUGUAUGUUUUAUGUGAAGAUUGUGAAUAUAAUUCAGACUUGUGGUUGUCAUCAUUUGAUUAAUUGUUACUUCCAAGUUUUAUGAGCCUUCUGUUAACAGUGUUGUGUUACUUGUUCUGCAGAAGAGAGAGGUCUGAGGGAGUCGUAUAUGAACCAAAGUUCAGAAGUUUGCAUUUGGCAUCUGAGUUCCCUAGAAUUGUACUUGGCGAUGCUGCCUUGCCAAUUAGAAAUAGUUCUAACAAUGCCAUUGGAAAAUGUGAAGCAGACACUUUCUUGUUUGACUGUCAUGACGUUACUUUCAUCACUGAGUUUAAUUAAGAUAAAUGAAGAUUGAAUUGAAAACCCAGCAAUUCUUUUGGCUGAAUAAAGAAGAUGACAAGAAACACAGGUACUCUUCAAAAAUCAAUUACCACCUUUCUUUAACAUUCCAUUUGUUCUUGCAUGCGAUUUGGUUCCAGAAUGAUGUAUUGUGAUCAGUGUUUUAACCCGGUGUACAACUGUUGACAUGGUGUGGUCCAUGGUGUUUUAUCGCCCUAGGCAAAGCCACUGAAGCUUUUAUUCUUUUCUACAUAAUGACAAUUACUGAUAGAUAUGUAGCAUGUCCUGCAUUAGGUUUUAUUAAUAGCAAGGUCUAAGAAGUUAAUGUCACCCAACAGGUGUCAUUCAGUGGUUUAGAAGUGUUUUUGGUCCCAUCUGUUUGGCUCUAAGUAGACAGUACUCAUUAAAUGUACCCCCACGAUAUCCAUUGUACACUGUGGUGUGAUGCGGUACCAAGUACCUUGCCAUAAACCCUGUGAGUUCUGAACUUUGCAGUUUGCCCUUUUGCAGUUUAUCAUGCAACCUAAUGAGUUCUUGUUGAGUUAUGGAAUUAUGAGGUUAUGCAAAUGUUAACAAAAGAAUGCGAUAUUGUCCAGAAUGUUGUAUUGUUCAGGAUGUCAUAUUUUUCACAAUGUCAUAUUUUCCAGAAUGUCACAUUUUCCAGAAUGUCAUAUUUUCCAGAAUGUCGUAUUCAGAAUGUCUCAUUGUUCAGAAUUUUGUACUGUCAUCACUGUUUUAGCUCCAAAUUCCUUUGCUUUUUUCUUUUCCGAUUUUUUUAAUGGGUAUACACUGUUCAGGGUUGCCCAGUCCAAUAUUUUGUUCCCUCUUCUAACCCCAAAGUUGGAUACAUUUAGAAAUCUGUGCAUACUGUAGAUGAUUUUUUUGGGUAGAAAUCUCCACAAAGGUUUCUUGACUCCCAAACAGGCAUAAAAUGUAAAGAACUCUGGGGCUUUGUUUCGUGACAGGGUUUGACGUUGUAAUGGUUGGCGCUCUGCUGUAAAUCCUCCCUAAACCAUAAGCCAAAUUCAAGGUCGGGUUGACUUAGCCUGUUCAGGAUAUGACACGUUUAUUUCCUGGAUAUCGCAUGCAACUCAGAGGCAUCAUGUUGAAAUUUGCUUCAAUUACAUGAACCUCUGACCGGAACCAGCCACUACAUGUACCUGCUGCAGAUUUCAUUCCCAAUUUAUAAAGCGGACAACCUUUUGAUUUUUUUAACGUCAGUUGACACUCACAGGUGUGAUGAGGCAUUUCAUGUCCACAGCACAACCUUGACUCAGACAUAACUCACCCUCUGCUGCCCCACUCCAAAUACCUUUGACACUAACAGAGAAGACUAAAAUGCCUUUUUUUCUCGGACAAAACUCACAACUUAUCCACCUGAAUUUUUUCGUCAGAAAUCCAAAACUUCUUGUCUAAUGUAUUAUGAAAUCCGCAUUGAUGAAAUGUUGAACCAUGAAGCAUGUAGCGAUGUAACAUAAUACCAUUCCUGCUAUUUAUCUUGUACAGUAUUGUAUUCAACAUAACUCUUACGUUUUACUUGAACUUUGUAAAUUCAUUCAAAGGGUUCUCAGUGAGAGUGGAUGUUAUGUAAAACCAUUUUUGUUUUGUAUUUUUGCAGCAACACAAAUUCAAUGUUGUGGACAAACUUUUAACAGCAGAAUGCAAUGGCUUACAUGUGCCAGAUCAGAUCCUGGAUGUUUGAAGAUUUGAAUGUCACAGCCCUUUGUAAAACAGGACCUGUGGUUCAAGCUGAUGGUGCGUUCGAGAUGUUUAAAAAUAUUACUUGUCAAAAAUUUGCCCGUCAAAAAUUUGAGGAUUGGAACAGAUGCAUUAUUGGCUGACGCUGAGAGAUUAUGAACACCGCAAAAUGUCGAAUCAACAUUCUCCAACUUAACCUUUUACCUCAACCCCCGGAAACAAGUCUGUCAAUUCUUUGCAAGCAAGAAGGAAGACGCAGGUGUUUGAGUUUGGUAGACUUAAUUAACCCUAACUCGUUAGGGUCUUUUUACUAGGGCACAUCCUCCAUCCUCCAAAAUCCUCCAAUUGCCCAACUUCAAAAACUGCAUUCAUGUUCAAUCCUCCAAAAUCCUCAGAGGAUUUUGGAGGAUUGAGGUGGGUUAAUCCAUAAUGGUUGGUGAUGACCAAUGACCACCGUUGCAAAUCAUGCACGCACCACUCUCGGCAAUUUUAACAAUGCGUUGUUUUAUUCAAAUGCAAUUUUAUAAAUGUUCAUCUAAAGGUAAAGUGCGGUCACUGUAAAAACUGAACAGGUGAUGUGCGACGAAUGUUUUGCUUGCAUGGUCUUUGUCAUUUUUUUCCGGGGGGGAGCACUUAUUAGCGGUAAAGUGACAAUUCAUUAACGGUGGUAGGGGGCCAAUUCCAAGGUAUUUUCGAGCGACAGACGGGAGAGAACAUUCUCUUAAAAUGGUUGAGAACUCCUCUGCCGAGGAGGACCUAAAUUCGGUGAUUUUUCCUUCUCAAGUUGAUUACUUAAUCGAUAUUUUUUGUGUGUACAAAUGAAUAAUCGCUAUAUUUUUAUAUUGUUCAUUGCAUGAUGUUUUGUGCUUGUAAGCUUAUAAUAUAAUUACAAUUGACAUUGUAAAGUUACUUUACACGUGAGGUUAUACGCUUGAUUUUGGGCAGUUCCGUGCGAAAGUAGAGGUCACACUCUAUGACUUUGUUGGUAUUUGUAAUUCAUCUAUCAAAAGUUUUUUAAUGCCCAGUGGAAUUAAAGGUUACGGGAUUACCUAUUGUUUUCACUUGUUUGAAAAUUUUCCAAAGAAAAUUGCGGAUAACAAUGUAGUCAGUUAUAGUAAUGUCGAAGUUCACCGUCUCAUGGAAUUGCCCUUUAAUCUUGCUACUGUUGCUAGCAUCAAAUUUUAAAAAUAUAACAAUCCAGACCAGUGGCAUGUUACUAACAUUUCUCUUAUAAUGUGAUCAGAAUAUUUAGAAUUCACCCUGUGCCUCCAUUAAAAGAAUAACUUGUAAAUUAAGAAUAGCUUUUCUUUAUUACAUGAUAUCCAAAGAAUGCUAAGAAAUCACAGAGUAGGUCUUAGAGAAAAAUAUAAGUUUUCUUAGCCCCGUAUCCAGACCUAUAGGAAUAGGUAUUAGUAAUUAUUUCCUUCUCGUGUUAUAUGUACAUUAUUUGUUUUUAAUUAGGUUAUGUUUCUUAACGUCUUCUCUUCGGUUUCAAACCCUCUAUGUUUUGUGUUCAUCGCCCCAAGUUAAGUUGUGAUGUUGAAAAGUAUUGUAUACAAACCUCCCGACUGUCAAAAUGUUGUAAGUCAUUUGUUAUUAUUUUGAACUUUAGAGAGGUAAACCAAACAACGGAGUGUGUGUUUUGAAAAUAGCGUGAACUGAAUAAGGGAAUUAUCAAUGAAUUUAUGAAUUUUUCUUUUUUUGCUUCUCUUUCCUAUUCAACUAUUCCAUCUGUUGGGUGAUUAUGAUGAUAAAUGUUGUCCUGAACACCUGUUCAGUAAAUGCCGUCAUUGAUGCAUGCUCAUGAAUAUGUGUCCCUAGUCCCCAAAAGGUGCUUCGUGUAAAUAAAAAUAAAGCUUUA